UAAAUUGUUUGGUGAAAGCGAGAGCAGUGUACUAAGCUAGUACACUCAUGUUAUGUUUUCUUCCGCGCUCACACGACCGAUUACAUCACCCAAUUCAAAUUUCAAUUCUUACGCACACUCACUCACUGUGGUCCCAAUAUCAUUUGUAACUUCUACUACUAUUACCCAUGUUUAUGUUUUCAUCUUUUCCAACAUACUUUAACGUUCUCCUUCUCCUCUAAGUAAUCACUCCUUAGGGUUUUGCUUCUUCUUCUCGCACACUUCAUUCAUCACAACCAAAGUUUGGAUUUUUUCACUUUCACUCUUCACCCUUUUGACUUCUGGGUUUUUUCUUAUUAGAUCAGUUUAUAUUCAUGAUCGGAAACAGUUUGUAGCAGAGAUAAUCAAAUUUGAAGUCUAUCUGGUGUUGCUUUAGUACUGUCAUUGUCUGAGAUUGUAGGUUCAUUGAGUAUUAUGGAACAAGCUAUGGAAGAAGCUCUCAUGGAAAUGGAUGACUAUAAUCAGAGGCGGGUUGUGCCCGAUGCUCUUUCGUUUGCUAGAAGCUAUCAACUUGAAGCAUUGGACAGAGCGAUUCGUGAAAAUACUAUAGUUUAUUUGGAGACUGGUUCUGGAAAGACUUUGAUAGCCAUCAUGCUUCUUAGAAGCUAUGCCUAUUACCUCCGAAAGCCUUCUCCUUACAUUUCAGUUUUUUUAGUUCCCAAAGUCGUACUGGUUUCUCAACAAGCUGCAGCCUUGCGAAACCACACUGAUUUGAAAGUUGGAAUGUAUUGGGGAGAUAUGGGUGUUGACUAUUGGGAUGGAGAUACAUGGAACAAGGAAAUGGGGAAACACGAGGUUCUUGUAAUGACACCAGCAAUAUUGCUUUCUUGCUUGAGGCACAGCUUUAUCAAAUUGAGUAUGAUAAAGGUUUUAAUAAUGGACGAAUGUCAUCAUGCUGCGGGUAGACACCCCUAUGCUUGUAUCAUGACUGAGUUCUAUCAUCAUCAACUAAGAUGUGGCGUCACCGAGCUUCCUCGAAUUUUUGGGAUGACUGCAUCCCCAAUUAAGUCGAAAGCUGCAAAUUCUGAAUCGACGUUGUCAAAAAAUAUUCGGGAUCUAAUGACUCUAAUGCAUUCAAAGGUAUACACAUGCGUAAGUGAAGCUGCCAUCUCACAGUUCGUGCCAACCUCUACACCAAAAUUCUGGUUUUACAAGGACAAUGCAAUUUCAUUUACGCAAUUCGAAGAUUUGGCCAAGAAACUCAACAUAUUAAAACAGCAGCACGAGCUUUACAUCACAAGUUCAGAUUUGACUAAAUCAGCUGUCGAUUCCGCACUCAAAAAAAUAGCAAGGAUUUUUACUGCUUCAAUAUUUUGCUUGGACGAGCUUGGUGUUUGGUUGGCUUUGAAGGCUGCAGAAUCCCUAUCUUCCAUUGAAAUUGAAACUUUCUUAUGGGGUAAUUCUGGGGACCAAAUUGUCAAAAAAUUUAGUUCAGCUACUAUGUUGACACUACAAAGUUACAUACCACUUGAUCCUCGGUGGAGUAUUGGUGACAAUAAGAAUUUUGACUUGGAUACGGGUCUAUUGACCUCCAAAGUCUCCUGUCUUAUUGACUGUCUACUUGAGUACAGGGGUUUUUCUGAAAUGAGAUGUAUAAUAUUUGUGGAAAGGGUCAUUACAGCUAUUGUCCUCGAGACUCUAUUGAACAUUUUGCUUCCCAAAUAUAAUAGCUGGAGGGCCAAAUUCAUUGCAGGAAACGGUAGUAAAUUGCAAAACCAAUCUCGAAAAUGUCAAAAUGAAAUCGUGGAAGAGUUUCGUAUGGGAUUGGUCAAUGUCAUUGUUGCAACAUCAAUUCUUGAAGAGGGUUUAGAUGUUCAAAGUUGUAAUCUAGUUAUUAGAUUUGAUCCAUCUCCUACAGUGUGCAGUUUCGUACAGUCUCGAGGCCGUGCCAGAAUGCAUAAUUCAGAUUAUAUAUUAAUGGUUAAGAGUGGGGAUUCAGUUACACGUUCUAGAUUAGAGAAAUACCUUGUUGGCGGGGACAUGAUGAGGAAGGAGUCUCUGCGUUAUUCUUCCCUUCCAUGUGAAUGUCUUGAAAGUGAUCAAUUUCAUAAUCAAGCUUACCGUGUUGCAAGCACUGAAGCUGUUGUCAAUCUUAGCUCUAGCAUUACUCUUUUAUACUUAUAUUGCUCAAGGCUCCCUGCAGAUGGGUACUUUAAACCCACUCCAAGAUGGGACAAAGAGAAAGGAAUAUUGUAUCUUCCUAAGAGCUGUCCUCUACAAGCUAUUCAUGUCCAAGGUGACACAAAGUACUUGAAGAAUAUUGCAUGCCUUGAAGCAUGCAAACAACUUCAUCAAAUUGGAGCGUUGACAGAUAAUCUCGUUCCUUCUAUUGCCGUAGAAGAAGCAGAAGUGGAGGAGUUUGGAAAUGAACCAUAUGAUGAGGAGAAGCCAAGUUAUGUGCCAUCUGAAUUGGUGAACCACAUGUCAAACAAUAGUAACACAAUUUACUAUUGUUAUUUAAUUGAGUUAAAACAAAAUUUUGUCUAUGAUAUCACCGUCCAAGACAUUUUUCUUGCAACUAGAGUUGAACUUGAUCAAGAAAUUGGAUGUGCGCCAUUUGACAUGGGUUUCGAUAAAGGCAGCUUGUCCGUGACCUUGAGAUACAAAGGAAGCAUUAAUCUCUCGCCGGAUCAGGUUAUUCUGUGUAAAAGUUUCCAGGUUAAUGUUCUUGGAAUUCUUAUGAAUCAUAAAACGGAAAAGGAAGCCGUUUUAGCGAAAUGCUGUUUGAAAGAUGAUCUUAAGAUUGAUUAUCUUCUGUUGCCAUCUAUUACUAUAGAGCAAACACCAGUUGUUGACUGGUUAACUAUUAAUUCUGUUCAUCCAUCUAUGAUUGAGUGUGCGCAUCAUAAAGCCAAUAUACAUACCGAAAAGGGUUUAGUUUGCAGUUGUAUAUUGCGAAAUGCUUUGAUUUGUACUCCGCAUAAUGGCCGAACUUACAUCACCACCGAUAUAAUGGAAUUGAACGGUAAUUCUCCUCUAGAAGUAAGGGAUGGUGAAGUUACCUCAUACAAAAAGUACUUUAAACAGAAGCAUGGAAUUCAAUUGCGUUUUGAACAUCAACGCCUACUUAAGGCUAGACAUGUUUUUCCGGUAAAGAAUUAUUGUCACGGAUAUAGACAAGCUAAGGACAGAGAUGUGAGCAAGACAUUUGUUGAAAUACCUCCUGAACUCUGCUAUAUAAUCAUGUCACCAAUACCAGUUAGCAUGCUUUAUUCAUUUGCAUUUAUUCCAUCAAUCAUGCAUAGAAUUGAGGGAUUGCUUGUAGCUUUUAACUUCAAAAAGAUGCAUUUGGAUCAUUGCCCUCAGAACGGGAUUGAAACAUUUAAGGUCUUGGAAGCCAUGACCACAAAGACAUGUAAGGAGACGUUUCAUUAUGAGUCUCUAGAGACUCUUGGAGAUUCCUUUUUAAAAUAUGCUGUUAGCCAACAGCUAUUUUAUACUCAUCAAAAUCACCAUGAGGGUCUCCUCAGUGUGAAGAGGGAGAAGAUAAUUUCUAAUGCUUCCCUCUGUAAGUUAGGUUGCGGUUUUAGACUUCCGGGCUUCAUACGGAAUGAGGCUUUUGAUCCUAAGACAUGGAUCAUUCCUGGAGCUCAAUCAAAAAUUUUUACAAUAGAAGCGAUAGAUUACAAGGGGAGGAAAAUUUAUACUCGAGGAAAUAGAAAGUUGAAACGGAAAAUUGUUGCUGAUGUUGUUGAAGCACUAAUUGGUGCAUUUCUUAGCACUGGUGGUGAGACGGCUGCAUUGUUGUUUAUGGAUUGGGUUGGCAUCAAAGUGAAUUUUAACAUUGCACCCUAUGAGCGACAAUUGAAUGCUUGUCCCGACAAUAUAGUUAAUGUAAGGUUUCUAGAAUCCCUACUGAAGUACUCAUUUAGGGACCGUUCUCUGUUAGCAGAAGCAAUGACACAUGGUUCUUACAUGCUGCCUGACGUGCCUAGAUGCUAUCAGCGACUUGAAUAUCUAGGAGACUCGGUGUUGGAUUAUCUAAUAACUAUGCAUUUGUAUAAAGAAUAUCCUGGCAUGUCACCUGGGCAGUUAACUGACAUGAGGUCAGCCUCGGUCAAUAAUGACUGUUAUGCAAUGUCUGCCAUAAAGGUUCAAUUGCAUAAACAUGUACUCCACGCCUCUCAGGAGUUACAUAAACAUAUUGUAGCCACGCUUGAUAAAUUUGACCAGUCUUCAUCAACUUUUGGAUGGGAGUCCGAGGCAUCAUUCCCCAAGGUACUUGGAGACAUCAUAGAGUCUCUAGCUGGUGCUAUACUUGUCGAUUCGGGAUACAACAAGGAGGUUGUGUGGCGAAGUAUAAGGCCUCUUUUGGAACCUCUUGUGACACCAAAUACAUUAACAAUUCAUCCCAUCAGAGAAUUAACUGAACUCUGUCAGAAAAUGAAUUAUACCAUGGAGAAGACCUUGUCCCGGAAUGACGGCGGUAAUAGUUGUAAAAUCGAAGUAAUAGCUGACGGGUUAGUUCACCAGUAUGAGUACAUAGGCUCUGUUGACAAGAAAACAGCCACAAGGCUAGCCUGCAAAGGUGUUUUGAAUUCCUUGAAGGGAACUUAAGGUAAUUGAUAUACACGACUUGUGUAUAUCUCAGGAAUUGUAAAAAUAGCGGGAUGUAAUUUUAUAACUGAUAUUAGAUUUUCAUGAAAAAUGAUAUAAAGGGUUGCAAAAUUUUGAUCAUAA